AUUAAUGCGCACUUAUGCGCACCAAUGUCAAUAUUGAUAAUCUAAUGCAUUAAUUCCUUCCUUAUCUUAAGAUUUAUACUAAUUUGCACAAUUUAUUAUUUUGCUAGUCUAGAAUCCAGACUAUUUCUCUUUUUUCCGAUUUCUAACUCUUCUCUAUAUCAAUCUACUGAGUAUUAAUACCUUUUUACACCUAUUUAAACAUUAGUUCUAGAUUCCAUUUUUAAAAUUUAUCAUUUUUUAAAACGUAAGUAUUAUUUUUAUGACAUUUUUUACUAUUUUUACCCUCACACAUUUUGGUUCUACAAUUACCUAAUUUUCCCUCAAUUUUAACCACAAUUAGGAACUAUAAUGGGAAACAGAUGUACAAAAUCAUCUACUAAAAAUGUAUCUGAAAAUGAGGGACCACAAAAACCUGAAGAAGUUAUGGAAGAGGACGAAUCCCUUAUGGAACAGAAGAGUUACGACUUUAAUGGAGAAAACGACUUAGAUGAGAAUGAUUUAGAACUUGAACAGGAAAAUGAGCUUGAAGAUGAGCCUGAAAUGAAGCCUUUAGAAUCUCGGCUGAGUAGUAAGAAAUCAAAUGUUGAUCCUGACUCUGGCCUUGACCCUGGGUUACUUCCCUUCCAGAAUAGUAUCACUAGUCGAAGUGACCACAACACUUCAAAUUUCAGUAUGCAGAACUCUUCCGUUACUUUAAAGAGUCAAAGCACUGCAAUGGAUGGAUCAAACUCAGACGAAGAUCCUUUCAAAGAAUAUGAAUUGAAUAAGGACAAUGGUUCCAAUAAUAGUUUGGACGGAUAUGCAUCAACUCAAGCUUCAAAUGAGUUUAGUGACCCUGCCAUUGAUAUGAGGACUUUUACACCUUUUGACAUGAAAAAGACUGAUGAACUUGCUAGUUUUCUUGUUAGCAGGUGCGGUUUGGGUCUUCAAAAAGGUCACAAUCCACAAACCUGUAAAAUUUGUCAAACUGUAGAUUUAUCCGACGCUCCCCUUAUUGCUUAA